AUGCGCGGGGCACCCCGGAAGCGGCGCGGAGAGGCGGAGCGGCCGCGCCCGGCACCUGCCCGGCUUGGGCACAGGCGCUGGCAGCCCACGGCGUCAGCAACGUCGGCAUCGUUGGCAGUGCCAUGCUGCCCUGAUGGAGCCCAACGCCUUCCCCCAGCUGCAGCUCUGGUGCCCGCGGCCCUUCGGCACUUACUCCCAGAACAAACCAUGCCCUGGCCCUGGCUCCACCAAGAAACCCUUCUCCUGCCGUCCCACCGAGGAGCCCGCUGGAGCCCAGGCCCUGUCCGAAAACACACCACCGGCUCCUGCCUAUGCCGCCCCAGCUCCUCCGGCAUCGGUGGAGGAAGGACGGGUGCUGCUGGACACAUGGUAUGUCAUCAAACCGGGCAACACCAAGGAGAAGGUGGCUUUCUUUGUGGCACACCAGUGUGGCGGUGUCAGUGGUGGCGGUGGCACCGGCGGCCGCGCCAGCACCAUGAAGGUAAAAGGCAACUGGGGCAGUGAUAGCUCCAAAGCCAAGCGGCGCCGGCGCUGCCAUGACCCCACUAAGAGCAAGCCAAGCCCAGCAUGGGCUACUGGCAGCAAGGACACGGCUUGCCUGUGUCCCAGCGAACCGUCCGCCGCUGCCAGUGAAGCCCCCGACUUGCUGUCAGUGGCGGAGAUGGUGGCGUUGGUGGAGCAGAGGACGGCGCUGGCGUUGCAGAGCUUCCCCCGGCCCUGCGGCGCUCCUACCGCCCCAGUUGUCUUUGUGGAGGCACCCAGCGGUGAAACCAAAGUGCCGAGCGGCUCCGAUUGCAGCCGGGUGGCAGAAGCUGUCGCCCACUUCGAGUCACAGCAGCGGGAGCACGGUGGCACCCGACCCAAUGGGUUGUGCCGCCCAGGUGCUGAAUGUGCCGCAGCAGCAGCAGUAUCAUCAGCACCGGGUCCUGGUGAGGUGCGCAUCGCCUUCCACAUCUCCAGUGGCCGCGAGCCCCGUGCUGGAGCUGCCGCAGCCGAGCCGGGUGCUGUCGGGCAUCCCAAUUGCGUCUUUAUGAGCUGCGGGACGGCGAGUGGUGGCGGUAAUGCCAGUGGUCGCGCCAAGGACAAGAUCACCUGUGACCUUUACCAGCUGAUCAGCCCGUCCCACGAUGUGCUGUCCAACAACGUGGAGUUCCUCCUGGCCACCGCUGGUCCCAAGGGGGAUGGGGAUGGCCCUGACAUGGACAUGGGGUGCGGCGAGGGGUCGGCAACCACUGUCAAGCCGGAGAUGGGUGAAGGAAUUGGUGAGGGCGCGUCGGCGUCGGCACGGGAUUGUGCCUCCGGCUUCCACGUGGAUGUGGUGGUGACGGGGGUGGUGGACCAAUGUGUCUUCUUUGGCAAGGACAGCGCCAAGAAGAUGAAGGAGGAGACAGUGCGGCUGCCGGCAGCGGCGCAGGAGGACCCACUGCCAGGGCAGCUCUUCCUCCUGCCUGUCCCUGAGGAGACACCGGUGGUGGAGGACAUGGAGGCCAGCGAGGAGCCAUCAGCUGUUCCCGACCCCUCGCUUUGUCGGUUGUACCAUCAUGUCUCCCAUGACUUUUUGGAGAUCCGCUUCAAGAUCCAGCGGCUGCUGGAGCCCCGGCAGUACAUGCUUCUGCUGCCAGAGCACGUCAUGGUGAAGAUCUUCAGCUACCUGCCCACCCAAGCGCUGGCCGCCCUCAAGUGCUCCUGUCACUACUUCAAGUCCAUCAUUGAGACCUUCGGGGUGCAGGCCACCGAUUCCCGCUGGAACCGCGACCCCCUCUACCGCGACGACCCCUGCAAGCAGUGCAAGAAGCAUUAUGAGAAGGGGGACGUGUCCCUGUGCCGAUGGCAUCCCAAGCCCUACCACCACGACCUGCCUUACGGCCGAUCCUACUGGAUGUGCUGCCGGAGACCUGAUAAGGAAGCGCCCGGUUGCAGGGUGGGCUUGCAUGAUAACAACUGGGUACACCCAGCCACCCGGCGCGAUGACGGCAGCACAUUAUGGGGUGCUUGGGCAUCCUGGGGGCUGCCUGGCACCUGGAGCUUGACGCCUUCGAAGUGGUGACUCCUCAGGGACCAGUGACCUUCACCAACGUGGUGGCCACGGUCGCCCCUGCCGCCCCCCACCGCCUGGUCCUCGCCUGUCACUAUGACACAAAGAUCUUGCCCCCUGGUCCCGGCCAGCAGCUCUUUUUGGGGGCCACCGAUUCAGCCGUGCCCUGCACCAUCCUCCUGGAGCUGGCAGCUUCCCUUGACCGGCCCCUGUGGUGUGCCAAGGACAGGGUGGGUGAUGGGUGGUCCAAAGGCCUGGACCGCCCCCCCAGGAUGCCUGGGUCCCUCCCUGGACCCCUUAGGAUGCCUGGGUCCCCCCCAGUGUGAGAGACUGAAUUGUUAUCUCGAGCUGUUUGUCUCAAAGAUUGUUAGGUGUGAGAGACUGGACUGUCAUCUCAAGCCAUUCAUCUCAUGAAUCGUGAACUGUUUAUCUCGAGCCUUUUGUCUCUGGGAUGGCAUAAGCAGGACAUUCCUCCAUCCAUAAGGACGAUUACUAGGCCACUGAGGCAUCCAGAAGAGGAAACAGGCUGAAGCCGACAAGCGUGCAAGAAUGUGGAGACUGCCAUUCUCAUGGAAACUGUAGUCUUUGAGAUAAGAUACUGGUUUCUGGUGUUGAUCACGCGAAGGUCGUGUGAUAGACAAAACCUGCAGCACGUGAACAGUGCAUGAACAAUACAUAUGUGCAUACAUCAUCGAAAUAUGCCCUAUAAAAAACCGU